AUGCUAUGCUGGCCAAUGUUCAGUUCUGGGCGUACAGGAGCACUUUUAGCAUCUCUUAUUCCUGGAUUAGUGACAAUUAGAGGACUUAUUGUAGGACUUGGAAUGGGAAAAGAUGAGAAAAUCAUCCGCUCGCUCAGCAGAUACCGAAAUUCCAGGGAACUUCUCAAGGCAACAAUGGGGUAUGUUUCCACAAUCACUUUGACCACUGCUAUCUAUUGGAGAACUUCUCCGGCAGCAAUAGCAGCAAUUUGCAACCUCUGUGCUGGAGAUGGUAUAGCUGAUAUUGCGGGGAGACGAUUUGGAAGCUGCAAACUUCCCUACAACAGAAACAAAUCAAUUGUUGGCACCACUGCCAUGGCAACUUGUGGGUUUUUGGCUUCUUUAGGGUACAUGUUCUAUUUUUCGUGGUUAGGGUAUAUUCAAGAAAGUUCAAAGAUGGUUCUUGGAUUCUUCAUAGUGUCUGUUGCCUCUGCAUUCGUUGAAUCCCACCCUUUAAGUUCUAAACUUGAUGACAACUUCACAGUGCCACUGGCCUCAUUGUUGGUGGGCAGUUUUGUUCUAUGA